CCAGCCAGUCCCCUAAGACAGAGACCACACGCAGACUUCCAGAUGGUGCUGUGCUGUUCCUGGCCAUUCUGCUGCCUCUCCCCACCACCCCUGUGAUCCUACAAGCAUCAGCUCUGCCUGCAUCACUCCACCCUCCCUGUGCACCUGUCCCCAAGGGGGUGUCCAAAGCCCCCUAUGCUCUGCAAUGACAGUGACGGCCAGGUGGUCCCUGAGGACUUGAACCUGACCGAUGAAGAGCUGAGACUCAAGUAUCUGGGGCCACAGCAUUCGGAGCUGUUUGUGCCCAUCUGUGCCAUGUACCUGCUGAUCUUCGCAGUGGGGGCUGUGGGCAACGGGCUGACCUGCCUGGUCAUCCUGCGCCAGGCGGCCAUGCGCACGCCCACCAACUGCUACCUCUUCAGCCUGGCUGUGUCGGACCUGCUGGUGCUGCUGGUAGGCCUGCCCCUGGAGCUCUAUGAGAUGUGGUGCAACUACCCCUUCCUGCUGGGCACCAGUGGCUGCUACUUUCGCACGCUGCUCUUCGAGACGGUCUGCCUGGCCUCCGUGCUCAAUGUCACAGCCCUGAGCGUAGAACGCUAUGUGGCCGUGGUGCACCCGCUCCGGGCCAGGUCUGCAGUGACACGUGUUCACGUGCGCCGUGUGCUUGGGGGUCUCUGGAGCCUGGCCGUUCUCUGCUCCCUGCCCAACACCAGCCUGCAUGGCGUCCGGCAGUUACAGGUGCCCUGCAGGGGCCCUGUGCCCGAUUCAGCCAUGUGUGUGCUGGUGCGCCCCCGGGCCCUCUACAACGUGGUGGUGCAGACCACUGCCCUGCUCUUCUUUUGCCUGCCCAUGACCAUCAUCAGUGUACUUUACCUGCUCAUCGGGCUGCAGCUGCGCCGGGAGAGGCUGCUGCCAUCCACCAGGCCAGGCACCACUGCCAUGUCCAGGGCCAGUAACACCCGAAGGCUCCAGCUGCAGAACCGGGGCCGGAGACAGGUGAUCAAGAUGCUGUUUGUGCUGGUCAUGGUGUUCGGCGUGUGUUGGGCCCCAUUCCAUGCUGACCGGCUCAUGUGGAGCUUCGUGGCCCAGUGGACAGAGGAACUGCUCCUGGCCUUCCAGUACUUACAUGUCAUCUCCGGCAUCUUCUUCUACCUUGGCUCAGCUGCCAACCCUGUGCUCUACAGCAUCAUGUCCAGCCGCUUCCGGGAGGCCUUUCGAGAAGCCCUGGGCCUGGGGGCCUGGUGCUCCCGCCACCAACGACAGCGUGGCUCCCGCAGCUUCAGCCGAGGGACUAUGGGCAGCACCCUGUACGAUCUGGGCUGCCCAGCUGGCAGGGUCCCCCUGGCCGGAGGCGAGGGUCUGGAGAAGCAGCAGGAGACUGACCUGGCCAGAGUGCACCUAGAAGUAGCUUCCCCCUGCCAGGGGUGGGAGAGGGGAGCUGGAAAACCUCCCUUUUCAGCCUAGAAACCAGGUUCCAAUCCCAGCCCCAUUUGCAUCAAGUAAACUGUACUUCCCCCACGUUUCUGGGCCUCAGCUGCAAAUGAAGCCUCCCACCCCACCCCUGGCACCAGCCAUCCCUUGUGCCUGCAGCAGCAGUCUCCCCGCCUGUGUGUCUGUAAGUCACUGUUUGUUCCAACACUGACCGAUGCUGUUGGAUGAGCAGGGUGCCCAGGACUCA